CAGUCUUCUUCCGACCGCCGCUACGUGAACAACUAGUCGAACUCUCCACUUUCGCGAUACGAUUCGAUUCGGGCAAAGUCACGAAUUUGAUACAAAUAUUACAAGUUUUAAAUUUAGAAGAAUCCCAAGCAAUAAAGUCAAGAUGCCAGUGGAUCUAUCGCCAGUGCAGGAGUACUAUAAAGACAAGACGAUUUUUAUUACUGGAGCGUCCGGGUUUAUGGGCAAGGUGCUGCUGGAAAAACUGCUCUACUCCUGCCACUCCCUCAAAGAGGUGAUCAUCAUCUGCCGCCCGAAGCGUGGCAAGGCCCCCGAGACGCGUCUGGAGGAGAUGUUUAAGCUGCCUAUAUUUCAGCGCAUUAAGGACGAGCGUCCGGAAAUGCUUAAAAAAGUUACAAUAUACCAGGGCGAUGUGACUUUUGACCAGCUUGGUCUCAGCGGGGAGAGUCUUAAGCACGUGACCGAAAAUACCAACAUCGUGUUUCACUUGGCGGCCACGCUAAAACUGGAAGGAAAUCUUCGAGACGCCAUCGAUAUGAACCUGCUUGGCACCCGGCGAGCCCUUAACGUGGCCAAGGAAAUGAAGCAGCUGGAAGCCUUUAUCCAUCUGUCCACGGCAUUCUGCAACUGCGACCAGGAGGUGAUGUACGAGAAGGUUUAUGAGUUCCCGCACAAGCCCGAGGACCUCAUACGCCUGGCAGAGUGGAUGGACGUGAAAACCUUAGACACCAUUACACCGGAGCUGCUUAAACCGCACCCCAACACCUACACUUACUCGAAGCGCCUGGCCGAGCUCCUGGUGCGGGACCACUAUGAGUCCAUGCCCGUCAUCAUCGCCCGUCCCAGCAUCGUAACUCCAGCUGUUGCUGAGCCCCUGCCAGGUUGGGUGGAUAAUAUGAACGGACCUACAGGUGUCCUAAUUGGAGCCGGCAAAGGAGUCAUAAGAUCCAUGAUAUGCAAUGGGGAACUCAAAUCGGAGGUCAUUCCCGUGGACAUCGCUAUCAACGGCUUAAUUUUAUUACCGUACCACAACAGUCUUACGGAAAAGAGGUCCCUCCACAUACCAGUAUACAAUCUUACCGUGGACGACGCAAAAAAACGCACAUGGAAAUGGAUAAUGGAUGUGGGCCGAGACUUGGGCAUAAAGUACCCUUUUGAAGUCGGACUGUGGUAUCCCGAUGGCAACAUGACCUCCAGCAAAUUCUACCACGUUAUUUGCACUAUUUUGUUUAUGUGGCUGCCAGCCUACCUCAUAGACUUCUUACUUUUUGUCUUUGGACAACGUCGCUUCAUGAUCCGCGUUCAAACAAAAAUUGCUGUCGGUCUGGAGGUUCUGCAAUUCUUUACAACGCGAAGUUGGGACUUUAAGUCUACACACUUUGAGCAGAUUUACAAGGAUCUAAGUGAUACAGAUCGAAAAAUAUUCAAAAUCAAUACCAACGACGUUGACGACCAUGAGUACAUGAAAAUCAGCAUUUUGGGCGGACGGCAAUAUGUGAUGAAGGAGCCAUUAACAUCAUUGCCCAAAGCUCGCAUACAAUUAAGAUUCAUGUAUGUUCUGGACCGAAUUUGUAAAUCCCUAAUCAUCUCCGCUCUUCUAUAUUGGGCUCUUCAAAAACUGGGAAUAAUCAAUUGGGUCUCAAAUGGAUACCAGUUUAGGAAGUCGGCUUUCUCUUAUUAAAAAUUCCCUUGCCUUUAAAAUGUGUAUUGUACAUCAGGUCAAAUAUAUUCAGGUGAUUUGUUUAUGUUAACAUUCUUUUCCAAACAGUUAGUUAAAAAUAAAAUUAACAAAUAAAAAUUUAAUUAAAAUAAGGCUGAACAGCGAGGCCUGAAAUUUCAAAAUA